AUGGGCAGAGCACGAGCUGAAGACGACAACUGGUUUGGUGUCCAGGAUCCGCGGAAGAGGAAGCAAAUCCAGGACAGACUGGCCCAGCGAGCAAGGAGAAAACGCCUAGCGGAGGCCAGAAAGUCGGUCGAGGCAUUGUGUCCCGACAGUCGAGACUGCGACGGCAACUCAGGCCCCUCACCGAGCAGCAGCAGCAGCAACCAAGAGGACUCGCUGUGCCUUGUACCCAAAGUGCCUCGACUUCCCGCAUUGUAUCAGGCGCUUGUACCAACGAGCAAGCCAGAUACCUUUGUAACCACUUCUGUCUCCGGAUCCAUCUACGGAGCUCUAUAUCAGAACGGUGCAAUGAUGGGAAUAGCAUGCUCCGUAGUCGUCCCCAGCAAAUCCAGCCCCGUUGGGCCCGAAAUCCCAGAGUCUUUGCGUCCUACAGCUUUGCAACUGACCACUAUUCACCCUACUUGGAUUGACCGGUUCCCGUUUCCCAAAAUGAGAGACAACAUGAUCACGCUGAUGGGCAUCAUUAAUGAGGAGGAAUUUCUUGCCGACUUGUUCUGCCUGACGAGCUUUACCCUGAAUCCCGGUGCUGCGUCCUGGGAUCCCACCGCAUGGAAGAUUGGGAAGGAGUUUUCAGCGAAAUGGGGCUAUCUGUUUUACUAG